UGUGUCCUUGUGCGACCUUCACCUGUUAUAUUGCUCCCAUCGCUUGGUGGGCCUGGUUAAUAGAUCAUUCAUGAUUGAGAGUGCAGUUAGUUGAGGAGGUUACUUGUUUUCCCUGUGUUUUGUUCAUCAUGAGGCGUGGCAGAUGCUGUGAAUGUUAUUAAAGACCGGGUUAAGGACACCUGCAUUGGUUCCCUAGACGCUGUGAUGCCGUGCUUUAAGCUGAAGGAAGGGGAAGUUCCAAAAUGGAGUUCUUGCCGCUACACCAUGGCCUAUGUAGGCAUAUUCGGGUUCCUCUUCGUCUAUGCCCUGAGGUUCAACUUGAGUGUGGCGAUCGUCUGUAUGGUGAUGCCCAUCACCACUAACGACACAACCAUAGCAACAACACCAUCACCGACAGGGGGCCCCACGACAGUUUUUCCGGGGGUAGGGUUGACGGUGCUUCCUACUGGAUCUGUUGCGCCGGUUAUAGUGUUAGAUGAGGACCAGUGCGGGGCUUUGGCGACAUCGUCUGGUAAUGUUUCAGAGGGACGAAAUAAACCAGAAUUCUACUGGGACCGGCCACUCCAGGGCUACAUCCUGGGAUCCUUCUUCUAUGGAUACAUCAUCACCCAGGUCCCUGGCGGGUGGCUCUCAGGGUACUUCGGAGGAAAGAGGGUGUUUGGCGCGGGGAUGUUGCUGACUGCUUUAUCGACUAUACUGCUGCCAGUCUGCGCUAGAGCCCACGUUGGGCUGGUCAUCUUCAUGAGGGUUCUCUCAGGUUUAGGCACGGGUGUCGUGUUCCCAGCAAUGCACUCCCUUUGGGCAAAGUGGGCGCCACCUCUUGAGCGCACGAAACUAAUCUCAUUUACAUAUGCAGGAACAAUGUUGGGCAACAUCCUGGCCUUCUUCCUCUCUGGCGUUUUGUGCGCGUACGGCUUCGACAACGGCUGGCCAUCUAUUUUCUAUCUCUUCGGGGGCGGUACCCUCAUCUGGCUCGUAUUCUGGACGUUCUUCGUGUUCGACUCGCCCAAUGACCAUCCACGGAUCACGGCGGCUGAGAGGGAGUACAUUAAAAGUCUAACUGGGAGCCAUGUGCAAGAAAAGGACUUCCACGUACCCUGGGGCAAGAUGGCGACCUCUCUUCCACUGUGGGCUAUCAUUCUGGCCCAUCUUUGUAACAACUGGUGCAAUUACACCAUGAUGACAAGUCUGCCUACCUACAUGAAGGAUGUGUUAAAGUUCGACAUGAAACAGAAUGGCUUGUUCUCUGCUCUUCCUUACCUCGGUAUGUUCUGUGCUUCUAUAAUAGGCGGGCCGACAGUAGAUUGGAUAAGAAGUAAAGGCUUCACGACUACGGGCGUCAGGAAAUGUGUUCAGUCGAUAGCGUUCUUCGUUCCCGCCGUAUUCAUCAUUGCCGCCAGUUUCUUGAAUUGUACGCAGCGCUACUUAGCGGUGGCUUUCCUGGUGAUCUCAGUUACCAUGACGUCCAUGAGUAGAUGUGGGUACAUUGUCAAUCACGUCGACAUAGCACCGAGAUAUGCUGGUAUCCUGUUUGGUAUUACCAACACAUUCGCCACCCUACCAGGGAUGUUGGCGCCUAUCGCCAUUGGACAGUUAACACAACACGGCACAAGGGCCGAAUGGCAAAUAGUCUUCUCGAUCUGUGCUGGCUUCUUCGUCGUCGGCGGCUUAAUCUAUGUAAUCUUCGGCAGUGGAGUGGAGCAGGACUGGGCCAAAGUUGCUACGGCAAAGGAGGAGAGGAGGAGGAGUUCCACCAAGGGGCCCGAGAGUAACGAAAUGGCACCUCUGAAAACUAAGGAGGCAGAACCUGUGCAGGUUUAGGACGUUUACUAAAAGACUAUAGACUAUUUUCUUUGCCCUUAACGUUUUGGGCUCUGGAGUACAAACUACUGGUCGGGAUACGUUGAAGUUUACCGGUAGUAGGCCUACUAUGUACACACAUGGUGAUAUUUUCAGUUCUAAUGUUUUUGUGCCAAGUGUUACUUGUACGUGUACAUACUAUAUGAUGUAAUAGCAAGAAUAUAUAUUCUUGAUAGCUUUGUUAUGGACUAUAUGCGUUGUGUAAUUGAGUGAAUUCGAAGUGCCAUAAACUAUAUUCAAAAUAAAUUUUAGAUGUCAUAUAUGUAAAACAACUGUGAAUAUUCGAAUGUGCCGUAAUAGACUAUUUUUAGUAGUAAGGGUCAUCCAUUUAGGUACGGAACAAAGGGGCAUAAAAACAGAUGGAAGGGAUUAAAAUGAUUUGAGAAUUUAUAUUCGCCGUAACAUUUCACCAAGUAUGUUGAUGAGACAUUUACCAUAACAUCAUUAAAUUACACUUGUACAAAAGCAAGUUUCGCUGUAUUUAAUUAUGCAACUUGACCACAUCGACAGUUACGGUGCCAUUGACUACAUACACCAGUAUCGACUGGCGAUCCUUUUGCGGUCACACGCAUGCGGUGUGGUCUGGGCUAUAGCGUACGUACAUGUACGUUUGCGUACAGGGGGAUGUAGGCUAGUAUGUAAAAUUGUGCGUAGGCCUACGUACUAUAAAUGAAUGGCCCACGCUAAUUUAUAAUGCACGAGGUGUAUACCAGUAUUGCUUCCAGAAUUGUGCAAUAUUAUCAGAAAUGUGUUCAUAAACUGUAUGCUGAAGUGGUUCAUAGAGAGGAAGUUGUGAAAACAAUUUAUAGGCGUAUAUAUCAUACGUGAUGUUAGAAGAUAUCUGAUUGGUUUAUUUCAUUCAGCUUCUCUGCAUCGGUCCAAUCGGGAUGAUUGUAACAUGAAGAGGAUCUCAUGACCGCCGGUUAAGGUAGAAAUUAACAAAGACGAAUCGACACGUGAAAAUUGUUUUAAUCGAUGGCUUUUUAAUUACAAAAUAGAGAUAAUUUACAACAACCUUAUGCUGAAAGUAUUACAUUAGAACACAAAACGCGUUACCCAAAGUAAGAGUCUGCUUACUUGUAGGCUGAUACGACUUGUAUGAAAUAUUACAUUUGCUA